UGUACGGGUAGCACGUGUAUCGAAAAAGUGCUCUCCAAAAGCUUGCUUUUCGCAGGAAAAAGUUGCAACGAGUAUCCUUACCACCCGCGCAUUUUUCAGCUUCAACACCCUUCCGGCAAACUAAUGCAAUUGCGGGGUUGGGGUAAUUUGAUUCGUGACGUCUUCGUAACUGGAUGGCAGUUUUCGAGCUGAGGAAGACACUUGUCGUGAAGCGAUUAUCCAGCAGCAGUGGCUCAAGUAUUCAAUCGUGUCGUCGGGUGUAGAAUUGUAAACAUUUAUCUGAUCCGUAAAUCAAAGAAUGCGGUCGAUCUCAGUUUUUCUCCUGUGACGCUAAGUUUCAAGCUGAGAAGUAGUGCGUCCUGUGUGUUCAUUUUGACGAUCUUCGUCGCGAAAUUUAUCGAAUGCUAGUGGUUACAUAAGUGUAUUGUUAACACAACGCAGUGUGAAGUGAUUUCUGUUCCAUAAACAGCUGUUUUCUUCCUGUUCAUUGUUUGUUCAGCAUAAAUGGGCUUCAUUUAGUGAAUGUAAACGCCGAUCCAUAAAAAGAAAGUUUCACGGAACAGUGCUGAUAAGAUUAAGCUUUUCUUGACAAAUCUUAUUACUUUUGCCCAUAUGGACUAAUCACAGCUUGGCAAACGGAACGAACAUUCAAAUAAGAAAGCAUUAAUUUUGGAAAUUUGCGUAGAAUUGUUUAUAAAGACACAAGUGUGCUGCAGGUGCUUCGGUUACUCCAUAUUGUAAUGCAUUUGCGCGUGAAUAACGCCUUUUGAACAUCACCAUGGUUAGGCUGUGAUCGUAUUACACAUAGUAAAAGAGGCUUUAACUUGAAGGUCAUUCACCCCUUCGGACCCGAAAAUCUUUCUGGCCCUAUGUGUGUGGUUCGGGAUCAAACCCAGGUCAUCGAGCUCAAUGGCUUUCGUGAGCUCUGCUGUACUGGGAGCAGCGGCCGGCACCGGACUGGCCCUGCUGGUUGCCGUUACGAUAGUGAUGUAUCGGUAUUACGUCGUGAGACGCAAGGGAAAAGAAUGGGCUGAGCUGGACCGGUUGGAAGAACGAAAAGCAGCGAGAAAAAUUAAUUUACAACAAGAGUGCAGCGUUAUCAGUGGUUCCCAUCCGGUACAACCUGUCUCUGAUAUGCCACCGGUCGGAAUGGGAAUCGAAAGCAAAAGUUCACUGGUAGAUGUUAGCUCGAGUUCUUUGCAGCCCAAAUCGGACCUGGCGAAGCCAUACUCUGGUCGGCAGAAUCCAGCGACAUCGGCUUCACGGAAUAACAGCUUGGAAAGUGUGCAUUCAAAAGCAUCAAGUCAUCGUGACUUUUCGCAUAAACUCGCGUCAAAUGGUAGUGCAGAAACCCGUUCAACGAUUUCGGAUAACGUUAUCAUACAGAAAUCUCGAUCACCCAACCGAAUGAGAACUUAUAGUUUGGAGGGUCGACUUCCGUUGUGCUAUGAAAGCGAUACUUAUGCCUAUAGUGGCAAUCCGAGACUGACAGGCUCUCCUAAGAAACGUAAUAGCACUAUUUCAAAUGCUAGUCUACCGCGUCUGGGAGAUUUCGCUACCCCAGAUAGUCCCGGUGGAUCUAUCAAAUCUGACAGUAGUCGAUCACCGCGGAAGCGAGUUCCGGUAAUUUUGGCUGCAAACGACAUCGACGCUGUGCUGGGAAGAUUUCAUCUCAGAUUAAAGUAUGACGGCGACCGAGAAGAACUCAUGGUGCACUUGAUUGAAGCCCAGGAACUGAUGUCGUUAUCUGAAAAUGGCUUUCGAGACCCUUAUGUGAGGAUGUUCUUGGAUACUGAUGAUACUAAUCGUUCACUCCAGACGGCCAUUCAUCGCGCUGAGACCCAUCCGUAUUUCGAUCAAAAUUUCUCUCUUCAUUUGAAACCGAAGAAUUUGGUAAAAAGUAAUUUCACAAUGCAGCUCCUGGACUAUGACCGUUUUUCCCGUGACGAAGUAAUCGGAGAGAUUAGAUUUCUGCUCAAUACACUGGAUUUGUCUGGAUGCGAAAUAUGGGGUGAUAUGAUUGCCGUCAGGAAAUACACCGAAGACGCUCCAGAGUUGCUGAUUUCAUUGAGCUACUUACCUCAGGCAGAACGACUAACGAUUGUCGUAAUGAAGGCCAAAAAUCUAAACGUUGUACACGAGCCGUUUGUUAAGCUGUAUCUAAUAAUUAAUGACAAACGCAUCCGGAAGCGCAAAACGAGCGCAAUCCGUGCCACCGAUCCGGCGAAUCCGAUCUGGAAUGAGGCGUUCACGUUUGAUCUGCCGGCAUCACAAAUCCAGGACACGGGAGUAGAGCUUUUCGUAACGUCCAAUGAAGGUGAACGGCAGGAGCCAGGUUGUGUAAUCGGGUUACAAGAGAUUGGAACGGGUUCCCAGCACUGGCGGGAUAUGAUGCAAAAUAAUCGCAAACCAAUUGCCAUGUGGCACGUGUUAAGAUAAAUAUUUUUUUUUUCCGAUGAGAAAUCAUACAGAAUCAAUUACCUCUCCUAUUCAGUCUGGGAUAAAUGAGAUAGAGAGCUAGUUAACACAAGAUAUGAUUGAUACCUUCCAGCCAAGGUUUCAAUCAACGGGCGCUUUGUAACCACAGUUUUCGAUUACAGAAAUUUCUUCAAUCUGAAAGUAAACUAAAAAAUGCUUUUUAUCUCCAUUAGUUUUUAACAUAUUUUAGGUAUAGAUAUAAAAAAAUGUGAAUGAUUUAUUUUUAUAAUAAAAUUUAAGACAGUUUAGUCUUUGUGAACAAAGGUAUUUUUGAACCCCUGAGUUUGUUGAUAGUAAGGUCAAACUUCAAAAUUACUAGAGUUUCCAGAUUACCGAAACUAGUCAAAUGGCAGGGAACAUGAUCGUGUCCCGAACAAUUGUAUGAAGUUUGUUAUUAAACAAUUGUGAACUUGUCGGAAGGGUUCUGAUGUUCAUCUGAUUUGAAACUAUUCGAUCAAUAGAUGAAGCAUUGGAAUUCAUUUCGAUAGCUCAAAUUUAGAAUGACACGAAAUUGUACCUAACCAGUUGAAUCCAUGGCUCUUAUGGCGACUUACUCAGAAUCUAUAUGCAUAAGCAUUGCUUCCAGUUGCAACUGUGAACUAUUGAUUGAACCAACUUUAUGUUUGUAUAUCAGGGAAACAUUUUAAAAUGAACUAAUGCUGGACUAACCUUCUUCACUCAUUCAAAAUGAUAAUCAACAUUCGUGAAACACAAAUAAGUCAUAUAAAAUAACAAUAAACAAAAACUAAAAAUAACGCUUUGAUGCAUAAACUUUGCUAGACUGAGUUUAUUGAGAAAUUGUGAUUCAGCAAAAAUUAUGAAUAAUAUAUUUAGUUUAUAUAUUCGAAAAGUUAGCCCACGUCAGAAAGGCAAAUUCAAAGCAGUAGAGCUUAACUAUAUUCAGAUAAGAAUGAGAUUAUAUUUUAUAUACAUAUUAUAACAUAAAUACAUUAUAAAUACAUUAUAGAACAUAAAUUAGAUAAGAUUUUUGUAAGCGAUGUCAUAUAGUCAAUAUUUUUGUUGCGUUGCCCAUACAGUAAGCUAAAACCUUGUGUUAGAAUAGAUGUAGUAGUUAAUUGAUUUAGCAAAUAGUUAAUCCUACCCAUCUAGAACUUCUAGAAACUUUUUGUCUAUGCAGAAGAAAAUAACCCAAUGGAUACCUUGGUGGUCGAUCGCUUUUCAUUUUGCGUACCUAGUUAUUCUUCCUCUUCAUGCCAGAGAUCCCAAUAUCAAUCCUCAAUAUUAAAAACAACAAAUACAGUAACUUCUAAUUAAAAGAGUCCAUUGAAAUAGCAGAAACCGUGCAAAAUCUUUGUGUUCGCAGAGCGUAUAACGUAUAAAAUGACCAGUUUUUACGAACCGCCAUCUCAGCGGGCCAUGAAUACGAUUAGAUCGUUUUUUCUAUUAAUUGCCAGUUUUUUUUUGUAAACUGAAAGGUGUUACGAUUAAAAAUUGGUCACAUGAGAAUGAGUGUAAAUCAGUCAAGCUUUCUAUUAAAAUCGUUUUGCUUUUUCAUAUUCAAUUCAAACAUAUCAGAGAAAUUAUAUUCACUCAUGCUUCUGCUCUGGACCUUUUUUUGACACCUUCCAUCGAGUUUUGUAGUUGCCUAUUUUGGUCACAUUUCCUUGCCACCGAACACUAUUUUCUUUCUAACAAAACAACCAUUUUUAGUGACAGUUGGAUUGGUUGCAUUCUACAAUUGGCAUUAUAUUUCGUUGUUUUCGCAGCCGAUUAUUAGUGUACAGAAUCAUUGCAAAUCCGAUCUUACUGACACUAAGAAUCUUUCCAGGUCGGGGCUCGAACAUACGACAACUGGCUUGUAAGUAAGACCAGCGCCCUAUGCAUUUAACCACCAACCCAAAAUCGGUGGCGCAUAGUUAAAAUUGACCUGUCAACCCUAUUCAGUUUGGUGCUAAAUCAGCCUUCAGCACCGCCCUCGCCUGGUAUCACAUUUAACAUAUUAAGUCUAAUAUAGCACUCUCUUACGAGAUUGUAGUACUGUUAAGCGCAUACAUGUGACAAUAUUCUCAACUGUUUGUAUGUAUGAGUUCGAUGCAGAUUUGCACGGGUGCGUCGAGCUUGCAAAGAAGUAUGUCACUUAUAACUUGUUCAUAGCAGAUUAUAUAGCAUAGCAUACUUCAUUUAUAUAGCAUAGCAUACUUGAAGAAAUUCUAAUAAACUUUGUAUUCGUGGAAAGUUCUAUGAUAUGAUUUGAUGUAAGAGGAGUACAUGGCAUGCAUUCUCAAAUAUACAAAAGCUUUUUAACAGAUGAUGUAAGUACGAUAUAAUGAUGAAAAUACAAAAUGAUACACUUCUAAUAAUGCAUUACCAUAUAUUGUACUAAUGAUUAUGAAUAAUAAAUUUUACUUGAAAAUAA